GGCUCGUAUAUAGAAAUCAAGUCCGGCAAUAUUCAGAUCAUCCGAAUCUCUAUAAACUUUGUUGAUAGUAAAGUAUUAUUACGCUACGUACAUACUAGCCUACAUAAUUGUUAGAACAUCUAUAUACACAACUACACAUACAUAAGGAGAGGAUGGUGUUCUUUCAAUGCGACGGGUGUGGCGAGGCCCUGAAGAAAGCCAAAGUCGCCAAUCACGGGUGCAGAGCUGCCGUAUCAUGCAUUGACUGUAAUGUAGUUUUCGAGGGUAACUCGUACAACCAACACUCCAGCUGUGUAUCCGAAGCCCAACGAUACCAAGGAGCCUUAUACAAAGGUGCUUCAGCUAAGCAACUGAAGAAACAAAACACGCAGAAUCAAUGGUUGGAAAAUAUACAACAGUUUGUAGACUCGGGAGACGCCGAUAGACGCAUGAGACCUAUGUUGGAGAAGAUGCUGACAUACGAGAACAUCCCCAGGAAAUGGCCAAAGUUUAAGAAUUUCUGCUCAAAUAGUUUAGGGCUCCGAGACGAGUCCUUGUCGAGGCAAAUAUUCGAUGAUUUCGUGGCCAAGGCGGUUGCCGCACCCUCUACGGCAGUAGCGCCUGUGGCUGAGACUGUCACAUCGCACAACGAGAUAGCUGAAGUACAGGUGUCAGCCAAAGACAGUGAUGAAGAUACUACCAAGAAGGAGAGCAGUGUAGUAAGCAAGAAGAGUAAGAAAUCAAAGAAAUACAAAAAAGAGAAGAAAAGUAAGAAUGUUAAGGAGGUCGAUGUAACAGAAACGGAAGCUGAGCCCGUGAAGAAGAGUAAAAAGGACAAAAAGAGUAAGAAAGAGAAAAAAGAGAGCAAAGUCGGAUCUGUUCUGGAGGAAACAGAGCAGGUGACGAGUGAGACUACAAAGGACAAGAAGGCGAAGAAAGUGAAGAAAGCGGCCAAGGAGAUGACCAAGAAGCGCAAGAGGGAAUCGGGCAUUGAAGGGACCGUGGCGAAGAAGGUCAAGGCGUAA